AUGGAGUGUUUUCAAUGUAUCUUUUGCUGGGUACCUCUUGGUUUUGUAAUGACAAUUAUGAUUAUUUCCUUGGCGAAGAAUAUAUCGUACUACUUGAAGGAAAAGAAAAGGAAAGAUAAAAUAUAUGAAGACUAUCAGCAAUACGACCCAAGCUCUGGUGAGUUCUAUACUGAAGAAUGCCCUGUUUAUGACAACCUGAAUCACCAUCACCAUCAAGACAUACUAAAUGAAAGCUGCUAUGAACAAAUGAAUGCCCACCCUCACACAUCUGCCAAUGAAGUACAGCAGACAGCCGAGCGUCAGAUGUGCUAUGCUUCCUUGGAUCACAGUGUCAGGAGGAAACACAAAAACCCUAAAAAAAAGAAAUAUCCUACCUUGGAAGUGGAUGAAGACCAACUCACCAGAAGCAGCAACUUGCCCUCAGACUCCUGCAUUUACCUCAACAGUGAACAACUGAACGCUGAGAAUAAACUGGCUGAGGAUCCAACUCACGAGGAUCCCCACAGACUAUUUGGGUUAAUUCACACUAUGACUGAUGCCAAUUGUUAGUGGGAAUUUGGCCCAGCCGAGUUAAUGUAGCUGUCAAAAUACUUGGA